AUGGGCGGGGCGGAGGCGCCUCUCAUUCCCCCUCCAUGCUUAGCGGGGCAGCAGGGCUGGAGAGACCUCCGGGGAGCACAGUCGCCAGUCCAGCACGGAGACUCGCCUGGCCAAAAAACCGCGCCGCACAUUUGCCAGGAUUGCCAAAUAUUCCUGAAAAAUAUACCUGCUAUUUAUGGCAUGUGGCUUGUACUUUUACUCCUGCUGUACUCUCUCCAAGAAGUACACAGUGAGGAUGUGGGCUCUACCAGGCUGUACUUUGUGAAUGCCUCCCUGCAGAGGGUAACCUACUCCAGCUCGGUGGGGGUGUCCCUGCCCUGUCCAGCAGGGGGCACCCCCAGUGCCAUUCUCCGCUGGUACCUGGCCACCGGCGACGACAUCUACGAUGUGCCCCACAUCCGCCACGUCCACGCCAAUGGCACUCUGCAGCUCUACCCCUUCUCGCCCUCCGCCUACAACAGCUACAUCCACGACAACGACUACUUCUGCACUGCCGAAAACCAGGCCGGCAAAAUCCGCAGCCCCAACAUCCGCAUCAAAGCUGUUUUCAGGGAGCCGUACACCGUGCGAGUGGCAGACCAGCGCUCGAUGCGGGGCAACGUAGCUGUGUUCAAGUGCCUCAUCCCCGCCGCUGUGCAGGAGUAUGUCAGUGUCGUGUCCUGGGAGAGAGACACUGUUUCCAUCGUCCAAGGUAACAGGUUCUCGCUCACGUCCUUCGGAGCGCUUUACAUCUCUGACGUUCAGAAGGAGGACGCCCUCUCGACGUACCGUUGCAUCACCAAACACAAGUACAGCGGCGAGACGCGGCAAAGCAACGGCGCCCGGCUCUCCGUGAUGGACCCCAACGAGUCCUCGCCCACCAUCCUGGACAGUUUCCAAGCAGGGGAGGUGUACGCGGGCCAGAGCAUUGAGCUUCCCUGCACAGCAGGAGGUUACCCAAGCCCUACUGUGCGCUGGCUGAAAGAUGGCCGCCCGCUGCCCUCAGAUGCCCGCUGGACACGGCGUCUGACAGGGUUGACCAUCAGCGACCUGAGGCAAGAGGACAGCGGCAGCUACGCCUGCGAGGUCACAAACAGCUUUGGCUCAAAGGAGGUGUCUGGACAGCUUCACGUUAUAGAUCCUCUGCGAGUGACCUUGUCCCCUAAGAAUCUGAAAACGGGCAUCAGCAGCACACUCUUCUUCACCUGCACUGUGGAGGGCUCUCCGGAAUACACCAUCUCCUGGUACAGAAACACCGAGCCCAUCGUCCCCGACCAGCACAUCUCCAUCCAGGGGCAACACAACGACACGCUGCAGAUCACUGCGGCGCAGAAGUUCCACUCCGGGGCCUACCAGUGCUUCGCCUCCCGAAAGGGUCACACCGCUCAGGACUUUUCCAUUAUUCUGCUCGAGGAUGGUACUCCUCGUAUUGUGGCUUCCUUCAGCGAGCGGGUGGUGAACCCCGGCGAGCCCUUCUCCCUCAAAUGUUCGGCCAAAGGAGCCCCGCCUCCCUCCAUCACCUGGACGCUGGACGACGAGCCCGUGGUGCGAGACUCCACCUACAAGACCAGCCAGUACACGCUGUCGGACGGGCUGACGGUGUCGCACGUCAACGUCAGCAGCCCGCUCAUACGAGAUGGAGGAGUGUAUCGCUGCGUUGCACGCAACUCGGCCGGUAGCGCAGAGUACCAAGCGCGCAUAAACGUAAGAGGUCCACCUCGAAUUAGACCCAUGCGCGACAUCACCGCAGUGGCAGGCAGGAACACCUACAUAACGUGCCGCGUGAUUGGUUACCCGUAUUACUCCAUCAAGUGGCUAAAGGACGGCAUGCAGCUGCCAGAUAAUCACCGUCAAGUGUUGUUUGAGAAUGGUACGCUGCGGCUGACGGACGUGCAGAAGGGCGCAGAUGAGGGCACCUACUUAUGUAGCGUCCUGAUCCAGCCCCAGGUGUCAAUCAACCAGACCGUCCACGUAACUGUCAAAGUUCCGCCGCUCAUCCAGCCCUUCGAUAUCCCCUCUACCUCAGUGGGGAAGCUCAUGUACAUUGCCUGUGUGGUGUCAUCUGGGGACAUGCCCAUACGCAUCACCUGGCACAAAGAUGGCCAGCUCAUCGUGCCAGGCUCCGCCUCUGGCGUUGCAAUCGAGACCAAAGAGUUCAUGAGCUCCCUGCAAAUAUCCAAGGUGACACUGAAGCACAAUGGAAAUUACACCUGCAUCGCCAGCAACGCCGCUGCCACCGUCAGCUGGGAAAGACAGUUGAUUGUUACUGUACCGCCACGUUUUGUGGUGCAGCCCAACAACCAGGACUGCAUCUACGGGAAAGCAGGCGUUCUCAACUGCUCUGUGGAGGGUUACCCGCCUCCGAAAGUCAUGUGGAAACAUGCCAAAGGUAAAAUCAUUCACACAGUGUCAACAACGCAGGACGACGCGGCCCGAGGACUCAUCUGUGCGUUUGCUUUGUGUCGUGCCGCUGCAGGUGUAGGAAACCCUCAGCAGUACCACCCAGUCCCUCUAACCGGCCGGAUCCAGAUCAUGUCAAACGGCUCUCUGCUCAUCCGACAUGUUCUCGAGGAUGACCGGGGGUACUACCUGUGUCAGGCAUCCAACGGAGUGGGCUCAGACAUCAGUAAAAGCAUGAUCCUCACUGUCAAGAUCCCUGCGAUGAUCACCAGCCACCCCAACACCACCAUGGCGAGAAAGGGCCAGACCAAGGAGCUGAACUGCACCGCGCGCGGCGAGCAGCCCAUCAUCAUUCGCUGGGAGAGAGGGGACACCGUCAUCGACGCGGAGAGGAACCCGCGUUACUCCAUCACCAUCAACAAGAAGGGGGACGAAGUCAUUUCAACCCUAAAGUUGAAUCCAGCCGAGCGAGGAGAUUCGGUCUUCUUCUCCUGCCACGCCAUCAACUCCUAUGGAGAGGGUCGAGGCCUCAUCCAACUCACUGUGCAAGAGCCACCAGAUCCUCCAGAGCUGGAAGUGAGGGAGGUGAAAGACAGGAGCAUGAACCUGCGCUGGAUCCAAAGGUUUGAUGGGAACAGCAUCAUCACCAGUUAUGACAUCGAGUACAAGAACAAGUCAGACUCCUGGGAUCACAUGUACACGACCAGGAACAUCUCCCCCACUAACAACCAGGCCAACAUCGUGGAGCUGCACCCGGCCUGCGUUUACAGCAUACGCAUGUACAGCUACAACAAGAUUGGCCGCAGCCUCCCCAGCAAAGAGCUCACGAUCAGUACUGAAGAAGCGCCACCUGACGGGCCGCCAAUGGAGGUCAUCCUCCAGCCGAUGACGUCCCAGAGCAUACGGGUUACAUGGAGGGCCCCCAAGAAGGAGCUGCAGAACGGCGUGAUCCGAGGCUACCAGAUCGGCUACCGAGAGAACGGCCCGGGCAGCAACGGACAGUACAGCAUAGUGGAGAUGAAAGCGACAGGGGACAGUGAAGUGUACACCUUGGAUAACUUGAAGAAGUUUGCCCAGUACGGGGUAGUGGUCCAGGCCUUCAACAGAGCAGGGACUGGACCCUCCAGUACUGAGAUCAAUGCUACAACACUGGAGGAUGUGCCGAGCGAGCCUCCGCAGAACGUGCGAGCCAUCUCGGUGACGUCGGACGAGGCGGUGAUCACGUGGGCGGAGCCUCCGCGGCUGACGCUGCACGGCGUGCUGAAAGGCUACCGGGUCGUGUUUUGGUCCCUCUUCCCUGACGGAGAAUGGGGAGAGAUGCAGAAUAUCACCACGACACGAGAGCAGGUGGAGCUGCGAGGGCUGGAGAAGUUCACCAACUACAGCGUGCAGGUGCUGGCCUACACGCAAGCUGGAGACGGGGUCCGCAGCAAUGUCCUGUAUAUCCAAACCCGCGAGGACCUUCCUGGUCCACCAGCCGGCAUCAAGGCAGUUCCCUCAUCCCCAAAUAGUGUAGUUGUGUCCUGGUUACCUCCUCACAAACCAAAUGGUGUCAUCCGCAAGUACACCAUCUACUGCUCCAGUCCAAACUCUGGACAACCAGCGCCAAGUGAGUACGAGGCCAACCCCGAGAUGCUCUUCUACCGCAUUACACACCUCACGCGUGGUAAACAAUACCACAUCUGGGCUGCAGCCGUAACAACUGCUGGCCGUGGGAACAUCAGCUCAAAGGUCACAGUGGAGCCUGCUGGGAAAGUCCCAGCUAAGAUCCUGUCCUUCAGCGGCACAGUCACCACACCUUGGAUGAAAGAAGUGCGUCUGCCCUGCAGCUCCGUGGGAGAGCCCGCCCCCACAAUUAAAUGGACCAAAGACAGUGAGGACUCUGCCAUUCCAGUGACAGCUGACAAUCAGCGGCAGAUCUUGUCCAAUGGAACGCUGGUGCUGCGUUCGGUCAAAGCAGAGGAUUCUGGGUAUUACACCUGCACGGCCACUAACACACUGGGAUUCGACACCAUCAUCGUCAACCUCGUAGUGCAAGUUCCUCCCGACCAGCCUCGCCUGACCGUCUCCACCACCUCCACCUCCUCCAUCACCCUGGCUUGGAUUCCUGGGGACAACGGAGGAAGCUCCAUCCGAGGAUUUGUGCUGCAGUAUUCUGUGGACAACACAGAAGAGUGGAGGGACGUGUUCAUCAGCUCCAGUGAGCGCUCCUUCAGAUUGGAUAAUCUCCGCUGUGGAACGUGGUACAAGGUCAAGUUGGCAGCCAAGAACAGCGUGGGCUCGGGCCGCAUCAGUGAGAUCAUUGAGGCCAAAACCCAUGGAAGGGAACCCGUGUUCAACAAAGACCAGCCGUUGCUCACCCACAUCAACUCCACUCACGCAGGACUCAACCUGCAGGGCUGGACCAGUGGCGGCUGCCCCAUUACUGACCUGAUGCUGGACUUCAGACCCAAAGGAACCUGGGCCUGGCAGACCCUGAAGGCCAACACCACCACUCAGCUGUUCCUCAGCGAGCUGCGGGAGGCCACCUGGUACGAGCUCAAAAUGAAGGCCUGCAACAGUGCCGGGUGUGGAAACCAGACCUCCCAGUUUGCCACUACAGACUAUGACGGCAGCACAAUACCACCCAUCAAAUCGGCCCGCGGCGAAGGCGACGAUGUAAAGAAGCUGUUCUCCAUCGGCUCUCCCGUCAUCCUGGUCACUCUGGGCGUUGCCUUGCUCUUCAUCAUCCGCAAGAAACGCAAGGAGAAGAGGCUCAAGCGUCUAAGGGAUGCCAAGAGCCUUGCUGAGAUGCUUAUCAGCAAAAACAACCGCAGUAUAGACACACCUGUGAAGGGCCCUCCUCAAGGGCCGAGGCUCCACAUCGACAUCCCGCGCGUCCAGCUGCUCAUUGAGGACAAGGAAGGCAUCAAGCAGAUAGGGGAGGACAAGGCAGCGGUCCCAGUGACGGACACUGAGUUUAGCCAGUCAGUCAAUCCACAGAACUUCUGCACAGGCGUCUCUCUGCAUCACCAAGCCCUCAUCCAGAAUUCAGGGCCUUUGAUUGACAUGUCUGACAUCCGCCCAGGCACAAACCCUGUGUCCAGGAAGAGUAUAAAAUCAGCUCACAGCUCCAGGAACAGAUACUCCAGUCAGUGGACACUGAGCCGACCGAGUGUGAGCCAGUCGACAGCCUCGGCGCGAACUCUGACCUCAGACUGGCGGACGAUGGGCUCUCACGGCAUCACUGCCACUGAGAGCGACAGCUACAGUGCCAGCCUCUCCCAAGACACAGAUAAGGGUCGCAACAGCAUGGUGUCGACGGAGAGCGCCUCCUCCACCUAUGAGGAGCUGGCGAGGGCCUACGAACACGCCAAACUGGAGGAGCACCUGCAGCACGCCAAGUUCACCAUCACAGAGUGUUUCAUCUCUGACAGCUCGUCUGACCAGAUGACCACAGGUACCAAUGACCCAGCAGACAGCAUGACCUCCCUCAGCACGCCGUCUGAACCGGGCAUCUGCCGCUUCACAGCCUCACCGCCCAAGCCGCAGGACUAUGACCGCGGUAAAAACGUGGCUGUGCCCAUUCCCCACCGCGCCAACAAAAGUGAAUUCUGCAACCUGCCCCUCUACAUGAAGACAGACCCAUUCUUCCGCAAGCAGGGGGAGCUGCAUGACCCAUGCCCGGCUGUGCCACCACGGGAAGCCUCAAUCCGCAGCCUUACGCAGCGAGCGUAUCACACCCAGGGCCGUCACAAAACUCUAGACCCUACCAAGCAGCAGGCUCUUACGCUGGGCCACUCUGGGCCAAGUAGCCUGGGCUCAAGCUUGGGCACCGCCACCUUGCCUCAAAGAACUCUCACCAUGCCCAGCUCCAACGCUGCAGCAACAGCUUCCACGUCCAGCACGGGCAGCAACCCCACCAACAUUAACAAGGGGGGCUCCAGAGACUCGCUGCUCGAGAGCAGCUCCUCUGCACUGGGGAGGCUGCAGAAACAGAGUGUGGGGGCCUACUCUAAGUCGUACACACUGGUGUAGUCCGUUCUCUUGCACAGACUCGCUCUGUUCAGUCUGGGCCGGAAAGGUCACGCGACCAUCUUUCUUUACAGCCAACUCAUGGUGAACUGCCCAGCAUCUUGACUAAUUCUCCUCGGGAUCAGUUCUCUUCCAGACAGAGACCUAGCUAACCCUACUUUUCAUGUUCACCCGGGACUCUGCAAAAGAACUACUAACUCCAACUAACGGUUUCCGGUCGGCUGGUGCUCAGCUCCGCUCAGUAUUCACGGGAGUUGCACAGCACGUAGCGAUUCUGUGGUCAUUUGGAAAUAUUGACUCUCACCGAGGAGCUUGAAAGCUCUGUGUUUAUGACGAUGAAGACUACAAUAGCCAGUAUGAAGCUGUGUGGCCACCCCGUCUCUCUCACACACACAUGCUGUCCUCCAUCGUUUGAGUAUUACUGUCAAUUUGCAGGAUGUCCAGUUAAGUUCCCUAAUUCUUACUGUGUCUUUCACCCUCUGUGUGUCUCUUAAAAAGUCCCAGUUGACAAAUUCGAUUCCAAAAGAAAGGAUUCAGGUUCACGUCCAAGAAAAGAAAUAAAGACUUCUCUCACAUUAAUGUGACAGAAUCUCUCCAGCUGAACAGUCUGUAACGUUUUAAACCCAAAUGAACCAGCCAUGAACGCUCACAUUACAAAUAGAGAAUAUUUGGUGAUAUAAAGAAUUUACAUAUAUAUUUGUAUGUAGGUAUAUUAUUGACAUUUACGUUAAAUUAUGACAAAGUAUAAAUUGUAUAUGUGCCACAACAGUGUGGUGGCGCAUACGAAAAUUAAAUGUUAAUGUCAAAUUUAAGAACGAGACAAUCGCUCAAUCAUGGAAUUUAAAGAAGAGAAAUUUAAAAAAAAGAUUUGACUAAAGACAGAAAAAAGUUUAGUAUAUAUAUGGGAUUUUCUGCACAUUACUGUAUGUAGACUGACUAAGAGAAGAGUGAGAAAAGCAUGAUAGGCAACUUAGGUUUAGUUUAAGGUCCUGAAACAGGAAAUACUGACUGGUUGUAAAGAUUUUAACUCACUGACUCGCAACGCCUAUUUCACUGUGUGUGUGUGUGUGUGUGUGUGUACGAUGGUAACAAUCAUGGCAGAAAAGGACAAAUGCUGUUUGACUCUAGCUAGAAAGUUGCGACUCAGAUGAGUUAACACGUGUACAUUCAGAAACCAAAAUCAGUAUUACGGAGAAUCACCAAAUGAAGAUGUUUAUUUGGGAGGAGUGUUACUGCAAAGGCGAGAGAGACACAAGUUACGAUACAAAAGGGAAGCAUCACGUUCAGGGGCACCCCCUCUCUACGAACAUUUUACAACGUUUACAUAUUAGCUUUACUGUCGUCUACAUGCAGUAGUUCUAGGUAGCUAUGAAUGGGCCUCGUUCAGACCUGGUACUAACAUCUAACCCAGGCAGAGUGAAGUAGAACCUUUAACACCUGUCAUUCAAAUGAUGGUAUCUGGUUUCCUGCACCCAGUUAUUCAAAUACACACGACUGUCGUCAUGACAAUAACAGAGUCUAUUUAUCCCAGAGCCUCAUACAGUAGCCAGUUAUAAUGCACAGUCUACCUUUCUUAAUAGAAACACGGAACUCUUUUCUCUCUCCCUCCAGAACACUAAUGAUAGUAACAGUAAUCCCAAUAAUACCCUCUGGAGGGGGGGGGGCCCGUUCAGUGCUGGCCCUGCCGUCCCCUCCCUCCUUAAGGUGCCCCCAUGUAUCCUAACUUGUGCCGCUCAGCUCUUCAAAGACAAGACGACAACUUGCUGAAGGAAUCCCAGUCAUGAUGUGAAUGAAAAAUAAUAUAAUGAAAGAUGUUAUACUGUAUGUCAGGGAGUUCAGUUUUAAGAAAUGAUAUAGUGUUCACUCAAUUGAUAUCUUUGUUGUUUCCCUGUUUGAAGUACUGUAUACAGUGUCCCAUUUUAUUUCCACCCCUCCAUUUUGCACUGAAGGAGCGUCUGGCAUGUCUUUUCAAAACAUUGCCACGAUGGGGUGUUUUUUUUUUGUGCUUUAUCUUUAUUUGUCAAUUUGAUUUUUGUUCGAUUGUUUGUUCAGGAGAGGUGGUCAUGUUUUUUUUGUUUUUUUUUUAUUUUUGAUUUAUAAUACUUGUUUCAAUUUGUUUGGGAUUUUGUCAGAAAAGAAAAGAAAUUGAAUCCAGAGGUCAAACAACACUACAGUUUGUGGCCUGUGACUAAAAACCAGUUCAGCCAAGUGAAAUCAGGGACUUGUAGCUCUUUUGGUCACACAAACUACUCUUGUAUUGUGUAUAUACUGGACUGGAGUUGGUCUGUAAACCUGAAGCAUUCAUUCUCCCGUCCAUUUCCCCUGCUCAGAUAAAUGAAAGUAAAAAUUCACCCCCCUAAACAUACUCGAUCCAUCAACAUACCUUUGUCAGUGUUGUUUAUAGAUUAAGUCUUGUACAUAAAACACAGUUUUGUAUGAAGAGCUAUUUUCGUCAGAAUAAAUCAGGGGACACAUCAGGGUUGAAUGCCCCAAUUUCAAAAUUGAAAUAGUAUCAAAAAAUUCAAUAUUUUACUUCUGAAAUGGGCAAACAAAAACAUUUUACUUUCCCUUUGUUUUUGAUACUAAUUUGUUGAAUUUUUAUUCUUCUUUUUUUUAAAAGUCUUUUGAUGUUGUCAUUUGUCCUAUUAACUUUUUUUAUUAUCAUUAUUUUGUAUUUUGUUCAUCCUCUUAAAAAAAACAUUGCAUGCUUGCUAAAAGGGAAAAAUCGAGAGAAAAAAUUUAUGAAAAUCAAAAGAUUAAAAAAAAUGUUGAGGGUAUCCCAAACAUUUGUUUGAGUUGCUUGUUAUAGCAAUUGCUUGUGUUUAAAGGUACAUUUUCUAUGAAAAGAAAGCAAAAACUAAAAAGAUCAUUCUAACACCUUGUGCAAUAAAGCUAUCUUUCAUA